CCCCACUCCUGUGGCGGGCUCACAGGCUGAGAGAGGGGGCCCUCCUCACACCCCCACCACAGCAGGAGCUGAGCCGAGCUGAGGGCCCAGCCUUAGCUAGCCCUCUGCCGUUACCACUGCCGAGCAGGAAGUGGUGGGCCCCAGAUGUGACUCACUCUCAUUAGGUAGCCGGUGGAGGGAGCCUUCCCAUGUGUGAGGCUGGACGCCUUCGGAGCAAGGGUACCGAGGGCCCAGCCACCUUCCUGCAGGCACCGAGCUUGGCUGGGCGGCUUCAGUGCCCCAGAAGAGCCAGAUCUGAGGACCCGGAAGGUCCUGUCAGCCCAUCCCAGACACCCUGAAGACGCCAGUGACCAAGACUCAGUGGCUGGAGCCGGUGCUAUGUGCCCAUGGAGCCACAGGCUCUGGGUGCCUCUGCCCAGUCCUGACUGCUAGCCUCAGAGAGGUCAGAGGCCUGGGCCACAUUCAAGAGUGUCAGUAGACAGAUGUAUCUCAGGCCGUGGGGCUCCUAAGCAGGCUGCUGGACUAGGCCACUGGGGAAGAAGAUGCCAGCCAAGGGGCGUUACUUCCUAAAUGAGGGUGAUGAGGGCCCCAACCAGGCAAAGCUCUAUGAGAAGUACCGCCUCACCAGCCAGCAUGGGCCAUUGCUGCUCUUGCUCCUCCUGGUGGCUGUGGCCGUCUGCAUUGCGCUCAUCAGCAUCACCUUCAGUCAUGAGGAUCCCCCCAGGCACAGGGCUCUCCUGGGCACUGCGUUCUUCCUGCUGACGCUGUUUGUGGCUCUCUACGUGCUGGUCUAUGUUGAGUGCCUGGUGCGACGGUGGCUGCAGGCCUUGGCUCUGCUCACCUGGCUCUGCCUCAUGCUGCUCGGCUCCGUGCUUGUGUGGGACUCCUGGAAGAACGAAGCCUGUGCGUGGGAGCAGGUGCCUUUCUUCCUGUUCAUCGUCUUUGUGGUGUAUGCCUUGCUGCCCCUCAGCACGCGGGCAGCCAUCACAGUGGGGAUGGUCUCCACUGUCUCCCACCUCCUGGUGUUUGGAGCUGUGACCGGAACCUCCAAGACGUCCAUGUCUGGCGCACAGCUGGGACUGCAGCUUCUGGCCAACGCCAUUAUCCUCCUCGGUGGGAACUUCACGGGGGCCUUUCACAAGCACCAGCUGCAGGAUGCUUCCCGGGACCUCUUCAUCUACACCGUCAAGUGUAUCCAGAUCCGCCGGAAGCUGCGUGUGGAGAAGCGCCAGCAGGAGAACCUGCUGCUUUCGGUGCUGCCAGCUCAUAUAUCCAUGGGCAUGAAGCUGGCCAUCAUUGAGCGCCUCAAAGAGGGUGGUGACCGCCGCCACACGCCUGACAACAAUUUUCACAGCCUCUAUGUCAAGCGGCACCAGAAUGUCAGCAUCCUGUAUGCAGACAUCGUGGGCUUCACGCGGCUGGCCAGUGACUGCUCCCCCAAGGAGCUGGUGGUGGUGCUUAAUGAGCUGUUUGGGAAAUUCGACCAGAUUGCCAAGGCCAACGAGUGCAUGCGGAUCAAGAUCCUGGGUGACUGCUACUACUGCGUGUCGGGCCUGCCUGUGUCGCUGCCCACCCAUGCCCGCAACUGCGUGAAGAUGGGUCUGGACAUAUGUGAGGCCAUUAAGCAGGUGCGUGAGGCCACAGGAGUGGACAUCAGCAUGCGGGUGGGAAUCCACUCCGGCAAUGUGCUAUGUGGGGUCAUCGGGCUCCGCAAGUGGCAGUAUGAUGUGUGGUCCCAUGACGUGUCCCUGGCCAACAGGAUGGAGGCGGCUGGAGUCCCCGGCCGGGUGCACAUCACAGAGGCCACACUGAACCACCUGGACAAGGCGUACGAGGUGGAGGAUGGGAACGGGCAGCAGCGAGACCCCUAUCUGAAAGAGAUGAACAUCCGGACCUACCUGGUGAUAGACCCUCGGAGCCAGCAGCCACCCCCACCCAGCCAUCACCUCCCCAAGCCCAAGGGGGAUGCAACCCUGAAGAUGCGGGCUUCAGUGCGUGUGACCCGCUAUCUCGAGUCCUGGGGUGCAGCGCGACCUUUUGCACACCUCAACCACCGGGAGAGUGUGAGCAGCAGCGAGACCCCCAUUUCCAAUGGACGGAGGUCAAAGGCCACUUCACUGCGCCGACACCGUGCCCUUGCCAGGAGUGCCUCCCCCAAGGGGCGCUUGGAUGACGACUGUGAUGACGAGAUGCUCUCGGCCAUCGAGGGGCUCAGCUCCACCAGGCCCUGUUGUUCCAAGUCUGAUGACUUCCACACCUUUGGUCCCAUCUUCCUGGAGAAGGGCUUCGAGCGGGAGUACCGCCUGGUGCCCAUCCCCCGUGCUCGCUAUGACUUCGCCUGUGCCAGCCUUGUCUUUGUCUGCAUCCUGCUUGUCCAUCUUCUCGUGAUGCCCAGGAUGGCCACUCUGGGCGUGUCCUUUGGACUUGUGGCCUGCCUGCUGGGGCUGGUGCUAAGUCUCUGCUUCGCUACUGAGUUCUCGAGGUGCUUUCCAGCCCGAGGUACACUCCAGGCCAUCUCAGAGAGUGUGGAGACGCAGCCCCUGCUCAGGCUGUCCCUGGUUGUACUGACUGUUGGCAGCCUACUGACUGUUGCUAUCAUCAAUAUGCCACUGAUGCUUAACCCAGGCCCACAGCAGCCUGGAGGCAACGAGACAAGUCUGUUGGCUGCAAGAACUAGAGUUGGGACCCUGUGUGAGCUCCUCCCGUACUACACCUGCAGCUGCAUCCUGGGCUUCAUUUCGUGCUCCGUCUUCCUGCGGAUAAGCCUGGAACUGAAGGCCAUGCUGCUGACAGUGGCUUUGGUGGCUUACCUGCUGCUCUUCAACCUCUCCCCAUGCUGGCACAUCCCAGGCAACAGCACCGAAACCAACAGUACACAUAGGACACCUCCACUCCUGCUGGCUGCACAGGGCAUGCAGAACUACACCCUUGCUCCGGGGGCUCAGGUGACUGUCCCCUUCCCCAGCAGAUGCUUAGAGAAAGACUUGAAGAUCAUGAUCAACUUCUACCUGGUCCUGUUCUAUGCCACCCUCAUCUUGCUGUCUAGACAGAUUGACUAUUACUGCCGCUUGGACUGUCUGUGGAAGAAGAAGUUCAAGAAGGAACAUGAGGAGUUUGAAACAAUGGAGAAUGUGAACCGCCUCCUUCUAGAAAAUGUGCUGCCAGCGCAUGUGGCUGCCCACUUCAUUGGAGACAAGGCAGCUGAGGACUGGUACCAUCAGUCUUAUGACUGUGUCUGUGUCAUGUUUGCAUCCGUUCCGGACUUCAAAGUGUUCUACACUGAGUGUGAUGUCAACAAAGAAGGGUUGGAGUGCCUGCGCCUGUUGAACGAGAUCAUUGCUGAUUUUGACGAGCUGCUGCUGAAGCCCAAGUUCAGUGCUGUGGAGAAGAUCAAGACCAUUGGCAGCACCUACAUGGCUGCAGCAGGGCUCAGUGUCCCCUCAGGACAAGAGAACCAGGACCUAGAGCGGAAGCAUGUGCACAUCGGUGUCUUGGUGGAAUUCAGCAUGGCCCUGAUGAGCAAGCUGGACGGAAUCAACAGGCACUCCUUCAACUCCUUCCGCCUUCGAGUUGGUAUAAACCACGGGCCUGUGAUUGCUGGAGUGAUUGGAGCACGCAAGCCUCAGUAUGACAUCUGGGGAAACACAGUCAAUGUUGCCAGCCGAAUGGAGAGCACUGGAGAGCUUGGGAAAAUUCAGGUUACAGAAGAGACAUGCAUCAUCCUCCAGGGACUAGGAUAUUCCUGUGAGUGCCGAGGGCUGAUCAACGUCAAAGGCAAAGGAGAGCUGCGGACUUACUUUGUGUGUACAGACACUGCCAAGUUUCAAGGCCUGGGGCUGAACUGAGGUGUCUGGUAGUCUGUUUCCUUCCCCGAGGAAGCCAAGAAUGCAGCCCCAUGCCAGCUACAGAUGGCUGUGUGGCUUCUUUGGACUUGCACUACAGGAUGGAUGGCUCUGACACAUGCAUCAGAUUCUGUUUGAAGCAGCUACGUUGUCCAGAACCUCUGUGCUUCAGUCUGUGCAAUUCCUAGUUAGCUAGAUCACUGGUCUACUGUGGGCUGUACUUGUUCCCAGGAUGUUGGGGAAGAGACCUUAAUGCAUGACCAAGACUGACACCCACCCUGGUAGCCAGUGAACAGCAUAUACCUGGUGAAAAACUCCUGGUUCCAGGAGGCUCAGCCAGGCUGUCUAGCAUAGGUUCCCAUUAGUACCCACCACGGGAUGCUAAUCUCUCAUGCAGGCAUUCUGGCAAAUGGAGUUGAAAACAGUGGGUAUAUUGACAGGUAGUCUCAAACAGUAGAGACAAAUUUCCAACUAACAUGUCACUUUUUACCACCUCAUUUCUAUGCUUGAAAUGGACAUGUCAUUAAUGGAAGUUCUAUCUUUCCUACCAACUCUUAGAUGCUAGACAACAAAUUCCUUUCUAGUAUAUUUUCUCUUUUUAACCACUGACUACAUGUAAACAGGACUGUUGUUCAGUGUCAGUUCAUAGGAUUAUCUUGGCUGUAGGGUGGAGUUCUGAGAGAUGGGGCUCACACAAGGAGCAGCAAAACCUUGGAUCUGCAUCCAGCAUUUUUGGAAUAAGUCUUUUGGGACAAGGUUCAGGAAGCUGAAAGUCUAGAAAUGAGGUGUAAUGUUUCAAUUCGUCUGUCUGCACUUUAUUUAUUUUUUUAGAGACAGAGUCAGCCAAGGCUGGCCUCAAACUUUCAACUCUCCUGCCUCAGUUUCCUGAGUGCUUCAAAUAGAUGUGCACUACCAUGGCCAGCUUUUUUUUCUGUGGGAAAGCCUGUGUAGAGAGGGCUUAGACAACCUGUGUACCUCUUGCCCUUUCUCUAGUCUUCUGAGUUGACUGCAGAGCUGCAACUGUGAUCUACCUGGCAGGAACAUGUGCUGAGGUUCCUGGGCUGUGAAAUGGAACACCUCAACAAUUGCCAAUUUGCUCUCACUCACAUGAGUCAAGGCAAAUUCAGCUUUGUGUGAUGGCAUCUUAUUGUGCUUUAGCUCCAGACCACUCACACUGAGUGAUGACCAAACAUCCCACUCCUUCUUGGAAGUGACUUCACUGCCACAGAACUUCACUACAUCAUGGAACCUACUAAGCACAGAAAAUUGCACACAGGAGUCUACAAAUGAUAUAAGUGUUGUAGGCAGGGUCCCUGACCAGUCAGGUUUACCUGGGACUUCGGUUCAAGAUGAGUAGUCAGGGAUGCAGAGGAAGGGGACAGGACCUACCUACCGGAACUGUGUCCUGUGGAACUUUAUUAGCCCAGGGAAGAGGGGCUGAUUCUAGUCUGCACAAAGGAGCCUAGCAGUGGUCAGGGCUUCCCAGCAAGGCUCCCCUGAGGCACACAAUGCAGUUCACAGGGAGCAGGAAUGAGCCUCUCUGAAGUUGACACACUUCUACUCUUCCAACAUCCAAUAAUUUCCCCCUUCAACAGAAAUCCUAGCUUGAGUUUAAAAAUAACUGGCUACCGUUCACACAUCUUCAACUGAAGCACUGGGCCAGGAGUACUGUUAAGUUAGUACUGUUCAGGUCAUAGGAGCGUAACUGACAAACACUUGGGAGUUAUGCACAUUUUUUUUUGAAUUUCCAAGUAAUUUCUUCACAAGUGUCUUAUUUUAUCUUAGGAACUUCUUUUUUUAAACCCUUCUGUGGUUCAAGGAUUUAUUUCAGGAUCUCCACUAAAGUGGUCCUCACUAACUACAGAAAGUAAUAUCCUGUUCUGGCUUACUGAAGGACACUUCCCGACAAAAGAUGAUUAUUACUGUGUACUUUAUGGAUAACAGGUCAAUGCUUAGAGCAGAUGCAGGCAAAUAACUAUGGUGUGUUCUGUAUGUGUACUAUUUAUAGCUUUACUGUAACAUCUGUCUCAGUGUUGUUUCAUUUUCAGAAAUCAGUGCCUGGCUCUUUUAUAUGUUCAGUCAAUAACUAAAACCUGAAUGUCCUCCAAAAACAAAACAAAAACCAAAAACC